AUGCGCGAACAGAAACGUCGCUUCGAAGAGGACAUGAAGAUACUUGAUCUGCAACACGCACAGGAGAAGCUUGAAAUGGAUCAACUCUCUCGUGAGCUGGCACAGGCUGGCCUUUCUGGUCCUGUCAGUGAGCCCACCACUCCUCCAGAGUAUCGUGAGAGCACUGUCACCGGUGCUUUUGGUCGCCCCAGUCGGUUCUCUACUUCUAGUGUGACCUCGUCGCCAGGGUUCUUCAAUGCCUUUGCCCCUUCCACCUUGACCUCCCCCCAGGCCCCCAGCCAGGCAAACCAGCCAGCAGUCGAUCGCUUUGCUGGUCACUCGGUCCCAGGAUCUCGCCGCAACUCUGAGAAAGAUGAUUUCCUUGCUGAUCCUACUUCCCCUUUCCGACCCGCCCCAAGUGGUCACCGGUAUUCGAUGCCUUCUGGGCACACCAACGGUCAUGGUCGUAACAGCAUUUCUGGACUGUCAAGUGUGAACCCCGCGCUUGAUAAGUGGUCUGGCACACAAUACCUAUUCCCCAGCGCUGAUGACAAGUCGCUUGGCCAUCUCCGUGAUUUGGAGCGGCUCUCUACCCCUGACAUCAAAAGCUAUAUCAGAUUGACAGAGCCCGAUGACAAGUUUCCUACUCUGUCGCGCCGGGGUGAUACCAACGUCCUUUCCGCGAACCCGGAUGCACACGACCUUGCAAACCCUCGUGCCAAUGGGACUGAGUCCUACUCUCACCACAGUCGGAACCGUUCAUCCCAUCAGAGCCUGCCCCACAACAUCAUCAACUAUGGACAGCUUUCAAACUCCAAUGAGGACCACGGACACUACGUUCACGCACGCCAUGGGGCCCGCCACUCGUUGAGCAGUAACAUUUCCUUCCGUGAUGAUCGUCACGACGAAGUGGCGACUCCUGUCCCUUCCAGUCGCCCUACUGCUGUGCAGUCUUCGUACUCUACGAACGAUCUUCCAACCGUGAAGGGCAAUGGAAACACAAAUGGAAAUGGGCUAGCCGUCACCCCGCCAAAUACCAACCAAGAGCAGCUGCAUAAGCACAAUACAAGCUUGGGGCGGAUUCCUCAGGGCGUCGCACAUAACCGUCAGGCCAAGCAUGAGGCUGAUGAAUCUGAGGUCAAUGGCAAUCAUCAGUCCCAAACCUCUCUGCAGGGAAACGCUGCACCAUUUGGACCACAGCUCACCCCAGCUGCAUCCGGCAACCACGGUCCCGGCGCCAUCGCUCAAAUGAGUUUACCAUUCCAGGUUCCAGCGGCCCCAGCUUUUGGUUAUCCGAUGCAGCCAUAUGCCAACCAGGUCGCUCCCAUCAACGGACAUAUGCAGACCUUCGGGGGUGCUGCCGCCUACAACGGGUUCCCUGGCUACGGCCCUGGUUUCCGCUUUUCUGAACCCACCCCUCGGGGCGGCAUGGCCUCACGUCGCCAGGAUGGCGAUAACAGCCCCCUGACUCGCUUUGGUAACUAUCCUCUUGAGAACUACAAGGGUGAGCUUUACAGUCUAUGCAAGGACCAACACGGCUGUCGAUACCUGCAGCGCAAGUUGGAAGAGCGCAACCAAGAGCAUGUGCAGUUGAUUUUCGAUGAGACAUACAUGCAUGUGAUUGAGUUGAUGACUGAUCCUUUCGGCAACUACCUGUGCCAAAAGCUACUGGAAUUUUCCAAUGAUGAACAGCGCACCGCUUUGAUUGACAAUGCCUCCGCUCAGCUGGUCAAGAUCGCUCUGAACCAGCAUGGCACCCGUGCCCUGCAGAAGAUGAUCGAGUUCAUUUCGACUGAUCAGCAGACUCAGACUGUGAUCAAGUCUCUCCAGAACCAUGUUGUUGAGCUUGUUCAGGACUUGAAUGGAAACCACGUCAUUCAAAAGUGUCUCAACCGCCUGUCCCCCCAGGAUGCCGAGUUCAUUUAUGAAGCCGUUGGCAGCAACUGUGUGGUCGUCGGUACCCACCGUCAUGGAUGUUGUGUCCUUCAGCGUUGCAUUGACCAUGCUUCUGGUAACCAGAAGGCCCGUCUCAUUGCCCAGAUUACUUCUCACUCUUUCGCUCUGGUUCAAGAUCCCUUCGGAAACUAUGUUGUUCAAUACAUUUUGGACCUGAACGAGCCAAGCUUCACCAACCCGCUGUGUGCUACCUUUGGAGGCAACAUUCCUCAACUGUCUAAGCAGAAAUUCAGCUCCAAUGUCAUUGAAAAGUGCCUCCGCACUGCCGAUCACUACAUGAAACGCCAGAUGAUCGACGAGUUCCUUCAAGGAAAUGAACUUGAGAAGAUGUUGCGUGAUUCCUUUGCCAACUAUGUUGUGCAGACCGCUAUGGACUUCUGUGACGCUGAAACCCGCAACGCCAUUGUUGAGGCUGUCCGUCCUAUUCUCCCCUCGAUCCGUCAGACUCCCCACGGACGCCGUAUUGCUGGAAAGAUCAUGGCCGCAGAUACCAAUGGACGCAGCAACAGCAGCAGCACUGUGACCAGUGGCCAGGCGACUCCCAACGAGCCUAGCAGCGCCUCUCAGAUUCCCAAGGCCAUGCUGCAGAAACCUUUCAUUUACCAGUCUGGUCAAUCUUCCGGUGUUCAGUCCCCAGCUCCCCAAAGCUACAGCAGCCAGUCUUAUGUGCCUCAUUCUGCACAGAGCUCUGUCUCCAACACUCCCUCUGGACAGAGUGACAGCUCGUCAAUUUUCCCCGCCCCGGCUCAGCAAACCGUCACCAUCGGAGGGCAGAGUCAACCACACUACACCUACUUCUGA